GGUCACACUGCCACCCACACCUUCGGCUCUGCGAAAAGUAAAACAAUAACAUUUCCGGCUUGCCAUCCACCUAAUCUGACCAAAAUGAGGAUGCAACGCCAGUGCAUUGUGGUCAACAUGCGAUCGGCCAUCGUCCUGAUCAUGAUCUUUGUGCUGACGGGGAUCAGGAACAGCGAGACGGCCAGCGGGGGCAACCAAAUGGACUUGUCGGACGCGAAAGGCGAUCACAAGGACAACAGCAAUGCGAGUAAUGGCAACAAUGGCAACGAUAACGAAGUGUAUGUGCCACCGAUUGUGUCCAGCAUGGUGGCCAAAAAUGGAGGAUCCGGUGGCCCCCUGGACAACAUCACUGCCUACAGCAGCAGCAGUAGUAGCAAUGGCAAUAAUAACAACAACAACAUGUUGUGCCCGUACGACAAAGAGACACCCUGCGAUCGCCUGCACUUCCCGUGCAUCCGGUGCAACUACAACUACGGCUGCCUCUACGGCCGGGACGUGAACGUGACCUGCGAGAUCGUGGGCAACGUGCAGUGCCAGGGCGAGCGGAGUUUCCAGCGGCAGAUGAGCUGUCGCUACUGCUACCAGACGGAGAUGUGGCAGCAGAGCUGCGGCCAGCGCUCCAGCUGCAACUCGGCCACGGACAAGCUGUUCCGCACCAACUGCACGGUGCACCAGGACGUGCUCUGCCUGGGCAAUCGUUCCUUCACCCGCAACCUGCGCUGCAACUGGACGCAGGGCUAUCGCUGGAGCACCGCCCUGCUGAUAAGCCUCACCCUGGGCGGCUUUGGAGCCGAUCGAUUCUAUCUGGGCCACUGGCAGGAGGGCAUUGGCAAGCUGUUCAGCUUCGGCGGCCUCGGCGUCUGGACCAUCAUCGAUGUCCUGCUCAUCUCGAUGCACUAUCUGGGCCCAGCGGAUGGCUCGCUUUACAUCUAGUUUAGUCAUUAAGUAGCCAAAAAGUGUAGACUGUAAGCUAAAUAUUUCCAUUACCAUGUAAAUAGUAACGAAGGCAUAUUUAACCAUUAAAUACUGUAAGAGGGUGACCCAUGGGUGUGAGUGUUCCAAAGAGCUUUACAACUUUUGCAAAACCAUGUACAUACAUAACUAGAAAAGCUAUCCAGUUAACUAUGCUAAUUUUUGGUCUGUAACUAUCGCAAUAUUAUACAACCUUUUCUUA